GAAAGAGAGAGAGAGAGAGUGUUUUUUAUCCUCUAGGUGAGUCAAAGCUGAAAGAGGAAGCAGGAUGUCAUGAUGGAGGGUUGGUGCUAAGGCACUAUGUCUGUCUCUGCCCAGAGUAAGGGACCAUACUGGCAGCGAGGAUUGUGGGAAAUGACCCCUGAUGUGCUGCUGUUGAUCUUGGCACUGACAGCCUGUCUGACUGAGUCUGUUCACUGCGAGGAGGCUGAUGGAUCUGGAGCUCAAGCACAAAGCACAGAGGAAUGGAUCUCAGUGACUAUAGCACACACUACUGCAGUGACCAGUGUAACACUGAACAGCACCAUCACAGUUCAUAUCCAGGAGGAACAGGAUUUUGGAGACGCUGAAAAACAAGCGCAGGUUACUUUGGAGCAGAAUUCACCCACGACGACGCGGAUUCCUGACGUAACGCGUAUAAAAACACUCAACACGACCAGAGAAGGGAAGCACAAGUCACUACAUAAAAGUUCCGUAGAUGACACUACAGUAGCUUCUCCAGAGCAGAAUAACACCUCGCCGGAAGACGCCGAAGAGGAGGAAAAGGAUCUGCAGACGGUCUUCGUCAUCAUCGCAGUGUGUCUGAUCCUCGUUCUGGUUCUGGCAGCCAUCGUGGCCGGAUUGCUGAUCGCACGCAGGAGGAGGAAACAAAACACAACAGAUCCUGAGAAGGACGAUCCGUAUCUGGACGAUGAAGACGGAGAGAAAGUGCCAAUGCCCAUGUUUGAAGAUGACAUGCCCUCUGUGAUGGAAUUGGAGAUGGAGGAUUUUGAGAAAUGGAUGAUAAAAGAAGGGAGCGACAACAGAACAGACUCAAAACAGAGGCAUCCUUCUUAAACACACUUCUGUAAUUGUUGUGGGACUCGGAUAGAAAAAGAGAGAGAAAACGAGCAUGAUGGAGAGCGAUGGAGCACUCGGCAUCCUAUCACACUAGCAGCAUCUCUCUUGUGAACACACACACACACACACACACACUUUUACACCUCCACCAUUGCAUUUCAAUGCAAAAAAGAACUUCUGGUGUGUGUGUGUGUGUGUGUGUGUGUGUGUGUGUGUGUGUGUGUGUGUGUGUGUGUAAGAGAACCUGUACUGUUUUGACGUUUACUGAGAGCGCACACUCUUAUCGGGAUUCUGCUCAACUUCUUCCUAAUUCUUCUCUUUUUAUUAUAAGGAAAGGCAAAAUAUAUGAAAAAACUAGAGCCAUAAAAGGUCAAGCUGUGUACAGUGCUGUGAAAAAGUAUUCGCCCCCAUCCCGACUUCUUCUGGUUUUGUGUACAUCUCGUACUAAAUUGCUUCAGAAAUGAAAACACAAUCUAGUAUAAAACUAAAGCAACCUGAGCAAACACAAAUGUAUGAAAAUGUAUUUGCCCCCGUAGUUACUAAUUCCCCAAAUCUAUGAAACUGCAUUCAUAAUGGGGUUCAGCUGGACGAGACGCGACCAGGCCUGAUUACUGCAAACCCUGUUUACUCACAUCAACACUUAAAUAGAAUUAAACAGAACAUCAUUUUUUUCUUUAUCUUUCCACAUUCCUCUGAGAUUAGCAGUGACAUCAGAAACCAUCCACUACUGUUUGUUAACGUGGUCACAUUCACAUUUCCUGCCUUUUUAAAACAUUUUAAAUAUGUGUUUUUUAUUCAAGAUGGUAAUAGCACUGUUUUUUUGUAAAUAUGGAGAACAUACUGUAUUUUGCAGCCGUUUUGUUUUGUUAUUAUGAGUUGAGGUGUGUGACUUUUGUAUUUUCGCUCUACUACUGUUUGUUUAAAACCCUUUUGUGAACUGAUACGUGUGUGUGUGUGUGCUUAUGUAUAUGUACAAGUAAAAACGGUCAUUUGUUGAUUUGUA